AUGCAACUUACCUCCUUCCUCGUGGCUACCUUGGCCUCUCUCGUCACAGCCGCCGAGCAGUCCACCACCCGCCCAUACUUUGGAUAUGGUUUCGAUUGGGCUUCCAAGCUCCCUUACCCCACAAGCACCGCCGCCAGCGUUGUCGGCAUCACUUCCCACCUCACCACAUAUGAGAUCUCUUGCAUGACCGGUGCCCCCAAGUCCCGCUGUGACAUCGACACUCCCUGGACCCUCAUCCAGGGCUCCACGACCUUCAGCUUCACCGGAAAGUACACUGCCGCGACCACUGGUCGCGUUGGCACUGUGACCAUUGACCAGGAACACAAAUGCUCCUUCACCAGCACUAGCCAGUCUGCUUCUUGCUCGUUGGAAUACGAGGUCACUGGCUCGCAAAGCGGUACCACUUACUCCACUGCUACUUCGACUUCCGCCUCCAAUAUCCCCACCAGCUCCGUCAAAUACUACAAGUUGCCUAUCACUGCUGGUGUUUCCAAGCUCACCAGCGCCCAAACCACUUCGACUACCGGUGGAGCUGCCCCAACUGCGAAGGCGAUCAUCACUGGUGCUCCUCUUGGUGCUGCUGCUGCCGUGGCUAUCGCUGCCAUGAUCUAG